CGUACCACGUCACUAGACACAUACACAGCUCAGUGAGUGCCCGGUUGCCCUAGAAAUCGGUCGUCUGCUAGCUCUCUUCGGACCAACUGGCUACUGCCACACAGCAAAGUAAAUCAGUCCUUGAUUAAGCUCUUUUAUAGUUUUAGAAUUCCAUUACCUCGUGUGGCUGUGAGUGUUGGCGAAUUAGUUGCACUAAUUGGUUAAAGAUUCUGAAGAUUAAUUGAGUGAUAAGUCCUGAGAAGGCAAGACUUUCACGUGACGUGCUUGGCCUCCUGAUAUACCGAAUUUUUCAUAUUUUCGUCGGCAUUCAAGACGACUUCGUGGAAAACCAUGCUGCCCUACCGUGAACCUGGCUCCACCACGUUAUUGAUCAUUUUGCUGUUCAUGUGUCUAAAAACAGCUGUAGCAGGUGAGGUAUGUGCAUCGCACCAGUUUGAAUGCGCUUCUGGCCGGUGCAUUCCUUUCUCUUGGUCUUGUGAUGGCGAAAACGAUUGUGAUGAUUCAUCAGAUGAAAAUGAACAUUGCCGUGGGUCGGUCAACUGCGCCGAUACCGAGUUCCAGUGCUUAUCCGGCGUGCGCUGCAUACCCCAACGAUGGCAAUGCGAUGGAGAACCGGAUUGCGACGAUCGGAGCGACGAGGAUCCAACAAAAUGCCAAGUAAAGAAAUGUACUGAAGAGCAGUUCGCCUGUAAAAGCCGAGCCGGUGAAUGUAUCCCAUUGUCAUGGGUCUGCGAUAAAAAUGCCGAUUGUUCAGACGGGACGGAUGAGGAUGGAUGCAAUGUAAAUUGCACUGCCGAAGAAUUCACUUGUGCCAAUGGUCGCUGCAUUCAGAAAAGGUGGUUUUGCGACGGGCAAGACGAUUGUGGCGACCAUUCGGAUGAGGGCGAUCAUUGCCCGGAAGACACGUGUCCACCCGACAACAAUUUCAAUUGCGGUGAUAAUGUUUGUAUUCCUAAUAAAAGGAAAUGCGAUGGCUUUGUCGACUGCGCAAAUGGAGCCGAUGAAGCGGAUUGCCCGUCCUUGGCACUGAACGGAACGAAUCAAUGUACCGCGCAAGAAUUUCAAUGCCUUAACGGAAUUGAUUGCAUCCAUUCUUCGUGGCAAUGCGAUGGUGAUCAUGAUUGUCCAGAUGGAUCCGACGAACACAAUUGCUCUCCUUCGACAUGCCGGCCGGAUCAGUUUCGAUGCGAUGACGGCGAAUGCAUUCCGGGUCAUUUGCAAUGUAGCGGCGCGGCCGAGUGCAACGACACGUCGGACGAAUCUUCUUGCAAUAGUACCACCACAGUGGGUUGUAGUUCCGAAACUGAAUUUGACUGUGGCGACGGAAUGUGCAUCAGUCUUGAUAAAGUCUGCGACGGAGCGAAUGAUUGUGGACAAUGGGAGGAUGAACCUAAGGGCAAAUGCAAUGUCAACGAAUGUGCCAUAAAUAACGGCGGAUGUUUACACACUUGUAUAGAUACGACUUGGGGAUUCCGAUGCGAAUGUCAUCCUGGUUACGCUCUUUCCGACAACUCGACCUGUGUUGAUAUGGACGAAUGUCUCGAACCUGGGACGUGCUCGCAGACGUGCAUCAAUGAAAAGGGCAGCUUCAAGUGCGAGUGUCUGUCUGGCUACACCCGCGAUCCGCACGACCGAACACGUUGCAAAGCUAAUGAAGGACACUCGGCUUUGCUUUUCACCCAUCGGACGGAUAUCCGUCGCUUCUCACUCGACCGUCGCGAUUUGACGUCCAUUGUCAAUGAGACGCACAGCUCGACGGCCCUUGACUUUCACUUCGAGAGCGGCAUGCUGUACUGGAGCGAUGUCAACGACGAGCGCAUCUACAAAGCCCCGAUCGACGAGGGUGAAACCAAAUCCGUCGUGGCUUUCGGCGAUGUAGUCAACGCCGACGGGCUAGCUGUCGACUGGAUCUAUCGGCAUUUGUACUGGACCGAUUCUUCCAAGGAGUCGUUGGUGUCUUCGAUUCAAGUAUCGGAUUUGGACGGUGGAUUCCGCAAGACGUUGCUGACAGAAGGACUGCAACAACCAAGAUCCAUCGCUGUUGAUCCGUUGGAAGGCUGGGUUUACUGGUCCGAUUGGGGUGGAGCAUCACGCAUUGAACGCUCUGGUCUUGACGGCUCUCAUCGACAAGUAUUGAUUGAUUCACACAUCAAGUGGCCCAACGGCAUUACACUGGACAGGGUAGAUCGACGAUUAUUUUGGGUAGACGCCAAGAUGGAUAUGAUCGGUAGUUGCGAUUACGAUGGAUCCAACAGACGCGUUGUGCUUUCUUCCGGGCCGGCUAUUGGCCACCCUUUUGCUGUGACUGUUUUUGAAGACUGGAUCUACUGGUCGGACUGGGACCAUCGAACCAUCAUGCGAGCCAACAAGUUUAAUGGCAAAAAUGCUACAUCCGUCACACAAACCCAUUCGCUGCCCAUGGUAGUCCAUGUUUAUCAUUCGUAUCGGCAACCAAGUGGACCCAAUCACUGUAUGCCCUUCAACGGCCGUUGCUCUCACCUCUGCUUACCUGCGCCCCAGAUCAAUGACCGUUCGGCUAAAAUUACUUGCGCCUGUCCAGAUAACUUUCAACUGUUAGACGACGGACUUAACUGUGUUGAAACGCACCUUUUGUUACGGAAUGCUUCAACGACAUCCACGACUACCUCUACGACGAUAGUAGUGAAAGUCAACGAUACAUCAAAGUCUAAUUCAGCGGACGUUCCCCAGUCCCUAGCGAACGACUCUGGAACCAUUACCGGGUUGAUAAUUGGCGCAGUCGCUGCAAUCAUUAUUCUUAUUGCCUUGGUGAGUUUCUUCGUAUACCGACAUGUGGUGCUACGAAACGCGACGAGUAUGAACUUUGAUAAUCCCGUGUACCGCAAAACGACCGAGGAUAAGUUUUCCCUGUCGAAAAAUCCGCCAUCCGGGCGGUCAAAAGCGUCAGCGCCUGAAGUGGAACCGCUCAACCAUCCAGGCACUAAUGAAUACGUUUGAGAUUACAGCAGGUGGGCAGGUUCCUCGAGUUCGUUUGUUUAAGUUUCCCAAGAUGUGUGUUGUAUCUGAAGAUGCAAUAACGAAAGGCGUUCCAGCAGAUGGCCAAAGAUGAUGGAUUCUACAAGUAAUAUAGGGAGAAAAACAUUGCUCAUCACAAUUCCAUUGUGCGUCGCGA